AUGGAGUCUAUCGAGAACGAAUACGCCGCCAUGCGCAGGCGCCACCACCGCGCUGCCGCCGCCACUGAUGACGCCCUGCACCACAUCGCCCUCGCCCUGGAAGCGCAUCGCUCCCCCGCCUCCGCCGACGACAUGCAAGUAGACGUUUCCCCCGACCCCGACCCCGACCCGCAGCCUGGCGCCCAGCCCGACGCCGACUCCCCGCUCGACCAGCUGCGCCACCUGCACAAGCUGGCGAAGGGGCUGCAGGCCGCGCUGGUGCUGGACCACAAGUCGGUCGGCGCCACCAUCAACAAGCUGGGCCGCGCCAUCGACGCCGCCACCUUCCCGCACCUGGGCGGCCUGUGCGCGCCCAACGUCCGCCUCAACACGGCCAAAAUUAACGACGCCAUCGCCUCGCACCUCUUUCGCACGGGCCUGUUUGACAUCGGUCACUCGUUCCUCCGCGAGGCACACCUCCAGCUGCACGACGACCACAUCCGCCCGUUCCGACGCCUGCACGACAUCCUCACCGCCUUCCGCCACCAAGACCUGCGCCCGGCCAUAGCGUGGCGGGAGGAGAACGAAGACGCCUUGCGCGGCAGCGACGAGCAUCUGCUCUUCCGCCUGCACCGUCUGGCCUACUUGCAGAUCCUGGGAACGGGCGACCGCGAUGCCGCGCUGGCCUACGCCCGCGCCCACUUUGCCCACUUCCCGGACCACAUCACCAGCGUGCAGAGACUCAUGACCUGUCUAUUGUACGUGCACAAGCUUGCGGAGUCGCCCUAUCGCGACCUCGUGUCGCCUGCGCAUAGGGAUAGCAUUGAGCGCGCCCUGUCGAGAGAGUAUUGCCGCGCGCAGGGCAUGAAGCACGACCCGAGCUUGGUGACGGUGGUGCGAUGCGGGACCAAGGCGAUUCCGACGCUGAUCAAGGCGAGCCGCGUGGCGCCAACGCUGAGUGAUUUGGGUAUGGAUGAUGCGCUGCCCGUCGAGAUUGAUGUGGGCAGAGAGUGUCAGUUUCACUCAAUUUUCACCUGUCCCGUGUCCAAGGAAGAGGCGUCCGAGGGCAAUAACAUGCCCAUGAUGCUGCCUUGCGGGCAUGUGUUGUCCAACCAGUCUAUCUUGCGCUUGCCAAGAGGGAGUCAUCGGUUCAAGUGCCCGUAUUGUCCGAUGGAGCAAGUGGGCUCAGAGUGUAGGGAGGUUCAUUUCUAG